AUGUCAGACUUAAAGGAGUUUAUGGGAAAAAAAGUCCACGUAAUCACAACCGAUGCAAGGUAUUUUGAAGGAGUACUAGAAGGAUUUGAUAGAAAUACCAAUAUAGUGCUAAGUAACACAAUAGAACGGAUCAUUUAUACAAUUGAGGAAAAUGAAGAAAAUGAAGAAAUACCAAGUGGUAUCAAUAUAAUGAGAGGUAAUGAGAUAGUUUGUAUUGGAAAAAUUGAUGAUGAAUUAUAUAAUGAAACAAAUUGGAAGAAAUUAAAAGGCUCACCAUUGAAAAGUACCAAAAAUCCAUUGAAAUAA